UGAUUUACGGAUUAUUUAAAGAACUUUUUUUAUCAAAUGUGAAGUAACAGAAAUCUGUGUGGAUUAUAGUGUCUGGUUAUGCUGUGACGGGGAAUCUGAUUGCCAUAAUGGGACCAAGUGGCGCUGGAAAAACAACGCUUUUAGCGGCUCUAGCUGGGAAAAUUGAACCGGCGGCUGGAUCGGUGUCAAUAAAUGGGCAAAUCGUUUCACAAAUGAUCAUGUCGAAGAUAUCCAGUUACCUGCCACAAUUCAAUGCUCUGCCAACGUCUCUCACCGUGGAGGAAUAUUUACUGUUCUCGUACGCGUUGAAGAUGAACGUCAACAGUGUACAAAGGAAAUUUUUGUCAAUGAAAUUAUCGACGGAGAUGGGCCUGAUCGAUUGUAGAGACGUGCUGAUAUCCAAUUUGUCUGGUGGACAGAGAAAACGACUUUCCUUGGCUGGUGAAUUGAUUACCAGGCCAAAGAUACUUUUCCUCGACGAGCCGACUACUGGUUUGGACAUAUUCUCUGCGAAGCAAGUGGUAGAGGCAUUGACGACUAUAAGUCACGAAUCUAUAGUCUUUUGUACUAUUCAUCAACCAGGAAUGGACGUAUACAAUCUUUUUUCUCAUGUGUUAUUGCUGUCUGAUGGAAAAACGGGUUACUUUGGGACUUUGGAGAACGCUACACAGUUCUUCCUCAGUUUAGGUUACGAAUGCCCAGUUGGUUUCGACGAGUCUGAGUACUACGUAAAGCUCUUAUCUCGGCGAAAAACCGAAACGACCACGACAAAUCCGAAUCGCGAGGACGCUGGAGCCGAAGAACUUAUCGAUAAGAUAUGUCGGGCAUUCUCGCGAUCUCCUCUCUCGAGGAUUCCCAAAAUCACCAAGAGCAAAGACCUGGAGAUCCAACCGCAGAGAAAACCUGGAUGCGCGAUACAGUUUUCUUGGUUAACGUGGAGGAUAUGGGUUGAAAGUCGCAGGAAGAUCUUUCAAGGAUGGAUUUCGUGGCUUUCUUAUUUCCUCUCCAUGGCGGCGGUGGCCACUUUUUACACGGGGAUUAAUUCGCAUACGCAGGUGGGUGUGCAGAACGCGAGAGGCGCGUUGUACAUGAUGAGCUCUGAAAUUUCGUUCACGGUCGCCUACUCCGUGAUUUACGAAUUUCCUAGCCAGCUUUUGAUUUAUCUUCGCGAGGACGGCGUUUAUGGCAGCGGCCCCUAUUACGUCGCCACGUUCUGCGGUCUGAUACCAAUAGCAGUCCUGAAGGCCAUACUCUUCACAACAGUUAUAUACUUCAUCCUGAUCACUCAAAUCAAUUUGUCCAAUUUUUUAUUUUACUGCUUGACAACAUCAGUGGCUGCGAUUUGUAGUAUAGCGUACGGUCUAGUGUUUUCCAUUUGGAUCGAGAAUGUCGAUGUUAUUACGUCAAUCAUGGUACCUAUAGACGUGCUCUUCUUAUUAACUGCUGGGAUGUUCUAUAAUCUCAGGUCGCUGCCCAAAUAUCUGACGUGUUUUAAAUAUUUCUCGAUAUUCUUUUACCUGAACGAAGCUCUUUCCAUAAUUUACUGGUCACGAAUAGAGGACAUUGAAUGUCUAGCAUCUAGUGACUUUCCUUGUCUACGAAAUGGAGAACAAGUGCUAUCUGAAUAUGGAUUCGAGAAGACAAAUCUCAUCUGGGAUUUCAGUGGUCUUCUAUCCUUAACAAUCGCAAUGAAUAUUCUUGGAUACUUUGGUCUACAAAGGAGAAGGAAAAUUAGAACAUUUUUGUGAAUAACAAUUCCACCAUUCGUUUACAUAACAUAAUUUAUAACGAGCAUAUAAUACAUAUCAACUUACUUAAAGUUA